CUAGGCGGCAUGGACCCUGAGGCUCACCCCACUACCGCCGACGCCACUACUGAUUGCAGUAUAGUUUUCCUUCAACAGAAAUUGCCACUUCGAGACGUGAUCUGUAGUACAUUGAGCAUGUACUAAUACAUAUUCUCUUGAGAAGCUGCAUAGCUCGAUCAUCGCAGCAUCACCAACACCACAACCCAAAAUGCCGUCAGAAACCAUCAUAAUAACAGGCGCAUCCUCCGGUCUCGGUCUCGCAUUCAUCCAUUACUACGCCUCCCUUCCAACACCGCCAAGCAUAAUAGCUAUAGACAACCAACCAUUCCCAUCUCAAAUCGCGGAACAACAUGGACCCACUAUCCAUUUCUACCAACUCGACAUAACCUCUGCCCAAAAAGUCCAAGAUCUCGCCUCCACCCUGGAAUCUGCCUCUGUAACUCUCUUCCUCCACUGCGCCGGCAUCAGAGGUCUCGUCCCAAAAAUCGUCGCCCAACAGAAACAGGGCAGCAAAGACGUUGCAGCGACCGAAACACUAGAAGCAAUGGACCGUGCAACGAUGAUGCGGACCUUUGAGAUCAACACUUGGGGUGCCUUCAACGUUAUAAGAGCAUUCCUGUCGAACCUCCAAAUGUCCGCGGCCCAAUCCACAUCAAAACCUAAAGUCGUCAUUCUAUCCUCCCGUAUGGGCUCUAUAUCUGCCAACACCGCAGGCGGCGGAUACGCGUACCGAGCCAGCAAAGCGGCGCUGAACGCUGUGGUAAAAAGUCUUGUUAUCGAUGUACCUGAUGUGCAGUUUUUGAUGCUGCAUCCCGGAAGAGUAGAGACGGGCUUAGUUGAGUGGAAAGAGGAAGGGGCGAUUGGGGUAGAGGAGAGUGUGGGAGAUUGUAUGAGGGUUUUGGAUAAGAUGGAUGAGGAGGGGUGGGAGAGUGGGAGGUUGGUGGAUCGGUUUGGAGUGACCAUUCCUUGGUAGGACGGCGGUGGUAUGAGGGAAGGGUCAGAUAACACGAGAACAGAGGGAAGGGGAACAAUGUACUUGCACGUGUACGUUGGCGCCUUUAUAUCACUAUGUCUUGGAAUGAAAUCGCC